CCCGUAACCGCUUUUUACAUUUGGCUCCCGUUACUACACGGCUACACCAACACAACCUCAUCUCCUGUCACCAACGCAAAAACAUGUCCACUACUUUUCACCCUCCAGCUUCUCUGACAACAACUAUCAAACACCUUGCCUGCAACUUGAAAAACCCUCUCAUCCCCACACAUUUUACUAAAACUCCACCCCAUUUGAAAUCAACAUUCAGAAAAUUCACUGUAUCCAUGGCUACUACCCCUUUUGAAGUCUGCGUCAAGGCCUCCUACACCGUCCCCAACAAGCUUGGAGACUGUCCAUUUACGCAGAGAGUUUUGUUAACGCUGGAGGAGAAGCAUCUUCCUUAUGACAUGAAGUUUAUUGACUUGAAAGAUAAGCCUGAAUGGUUCUUGAAAAUAAGUCCCGAAGGGAAAGUGCCUUUGAUAAAGUUUGAUGAGGAGUGGGUUGCAGAUUCUGAUGUUAUCACGCAGUCACUGGAAGAGAAGUUUCCGGUUCCACCUUUGGUGACUCCGCCUGAGAAGGCAUCUGUGGGAUCAAAGAUCUUCUCCGCAUUUAUUGGUUUUUUGAAAAGCAAAGAUCCAGCCGAUGGAACGGAACAAGCAUUAUUAAGUGAGCUGAGUGCCUUCAAUGAUUAUUUAAAGGAAAAUGGCCCAUUUAUAAAUGGAAAAGAGGUCUCAGCUGCUGAUUUGGCCCUUGGACCAAAGCUCUACCACCUAGAGAUUGCUUUAGGGCAUUAUAAAAAAUGGUCCGUACCAGAUUCACUUCCAGAAGUGAAGUCCUAUAUGAAGACCAUUUUCUCCAGGGACUCGUUCAUCAACACGCGGGCUCUAACUGAGGAUGUCAUAGAGGGUUGGCGAUCAAAAGUUGAGGGAUAAACUAGUAUAUAAUCACAACCUUGUUCGGUUAAUAUAUGGCACUUUUGUAUUGAAAUAAAUUUACUUCCAUUUACAUAAUAGCACAGCCAUUGAAACUUGUAUAGAGUGUAUGAAUUGAAGUGUGUUCUCUAUAAGUAUAUGAAUUAAUAGUUUUCCUUCCUGUAAUAGAACUUGUAGUUGCUCCUUCAUAGUCCGUAAAUGUCUUGUUCCAUCUCUUUUA